AUGUCAUUUUUGCGAAUAGGAACCAACAAUCCUGAAUACAAACAUGUACUCAGUUUCCGUCGACAUAUUUACGUAUCUCCACCCACAGGUCCAAUUCCCGAUACCAUUUUAAUAACUCAUGAAGAUACUACAAAUCGAAUUUUUUUGACAUUAGACAACUUAUGUUUCAUUUGCAAACAACAUGGCCACAUUUCCAGUAGUUGCUCAGUAAAUGUAAAUCACUCAGAAACAGCUGUCCCAACUGCUACACUUUCAAACAGAAACGAACCUAGUACAGUAACUUCAACAGAAACGACUGCUAUUACACCUUCAACAACAUGCACUUCUACAAUCAUAUCAAAUAAUUCAACGCCACUAACAAAAAUAUUAUCUACAACCAACCUAACACCUCUUGAUACAUCAACUACAGAUAAUACAAUGCCAGUGAUAUCCAAACCAAAUAUAUCCACCUCAUCAGCCCCCUCACCUCACAUAGUCAUAACUAACCAGCCUUCAUCUUCCAGUCUAAGCAAUAAUUCUUGCUCGGUUAAUGAAAAUAAAGAGAAUCCAGCACCAAAAGAAUUUAGCGUGUCCAACGAAGAAAAUACAUCUAAAUCAUCCUCCAAACGAACUGUAUCUGAAGCAAUAUCACCCCCGAUUGAGACAUCAGCUAGUGACGAUAUCCGCGACAAAAACCCUAUUUCACAAUAA